AUGGCUGCAGAUGCGAGACUGCCCAUAAAAUUCCAGGAACAUGUCCAGUUACAAUCGUUGGGCAUCAAUGCUGCCAACAUUGGAUUUAACACACUCACUAUGGAAUCGGACAAGUUCAUAUGUGUGCGUGAAAAAGUCGGCGAUGUCAACCAGGUCGUCAUUAUCGAUAUGAACAACCCCACUGAUAUCAUGAGACGUCCGAUCACUGCUGACUCGGCAAUCAUGAAUCCUGUAUCAAAAGUCAUUGCCCUGAAAGCCGGACGUACACUACAAAUCUUCAACUUGGAAAUGAAGUCCAAGGUCAAGUCCCAUGUCAUGAAUGAAGACGUAGUGUUUUGGAAGUGGAUUUCUACAAAGGCAUUAGGUAUUGUCACCGAAUCCACCGUAUAUCAUUGGUCAAUGGAAGGAGAUUCUCAGCCAAUCAAGGUGUUUGAUCGACAUCCUUCUCUGGCUGGCUCUCAAAUCAUCAACUAUCGCGUCAACUCGGAUGAAAAGUGGUUGCUUUUGAUUGGUAUCUCUGCUCAGGAGGGUCGAGUUGUAGGCAAUAUGCAACUGUUUGCCAAGGAUAGAGGUGUUAGUCAACCUCUAGAAGGUCAUGCUGCUGCGUUCGCUGAUUUAAAGUUGGAUGCCGCUGCUGCUCCAACCAAACUAUUCACUUUUGCUGUCAGGUCUGCAAAUGGUGCCAAGCUACAUAUCGUCGAAGUGGAUCACAAAGAAGGAAACCCACCCUUCCAGAAAAGAGCAGUAGACGUAUUCUUCCCUCCCGAAGCAGUAAAUGACUUCCCAGUCGCAAUGCAAGUUAGCAGAAAAUACGAUAUAAUCUACCUGGUAACCAAAUACGGCUUCAUUCAUUUAUACGACUUGGAGACCGGUACAUGCAUCUAUAUGAAUCGAAUCUCUGGUGACACCAUCUUUGUCACUGCUGACUUGGAAGCAACGUCCGGUAUCAUUGGUGUCAACCGAAAGGGUCAAGUCUUGAGUGUCUCUGUAGAUGAAGAAAACAUCAUCCCAUACGUAUUAAGCACUCUAAAUAACCCAGAACUGGCAUACCGUCUUGCUUCUCGUAAUAACUUGCCCGGUGCAGACCACCUUGUAUUCGAUCGAUUCAAUGUAAUGCUACAAACUGGUAACUUUGCUGAAGCUGCAAAGAUUGCUGCUAGCUCUCCUCGAGGUGUAUUACGUACUCCUGCUACCAUUGAAAGAUUCAAGCAAGUGCCAGUUCCGCAGGGUCAAUUGUCGCCUAUUCUACAAUACUUUGGAAUAUUGUUGGAAAAGGGUGGUCUGAACAAGUUUGAGUCCUUGGAGUUGGCCAAACCAGUAUUGCAACAAAAUCGAAAGCAAUUGCUUGAGAAAUGGCUCAAGGAAGACAAGCUUGACUGCAGUGAAGAGCUCGGUGACAUUGUAAAACAGGUUGAUUUGACUUUGGCCUUGUCAGUUUACCUUCGUGCCAAUGUUCCAAGCAAGGUGAUUGCUUGCUUUGCUGAAACAGGCCAAUACAACAAAAUCAUCUUGUAUGCCAAGAAGGUUGGCUAUCAACCCGAUUACGCGUACUUGAUGGAAUAUAUUAUGAAACUAGAUCCAACAAAGGGUGCCGAAUUCGCAAAUCUACUAGCAAAUGAUGAGGCAGGCCCUCUCGUCAACAUUGAAGGCAUUGUUGAUGUCUUUGCUCAAACGAAUAACGUCCAACAAGCCACUGCAUUCUUAUUGGAUGCUCUGAAGGGCAAUCGACCUGAGCAAGGAGCUUUACAGACUCGAUUGUUGGAAAUGAACUUGUUGCAAGCUCCGCAAGUUGCUGAUGCUAUUCUUGGUAAUGAGAUGUUUACUCAUUAUGAUCGAGCUCGUAUUGCUCAACUUUGUGAGCAGGCAGGAUUGUAUCAGAGAGCCUUGGAGCACUACACCGAUAUAUAUGACAUAAAACGAACGAUUGUUCACACUAAUCUGCUCAAUCAAGAAUGGGUUGUGAACUUUUUCGGUCGACUAUCGGUAGAACAAUCACUAGAAUGCUUGAAGGAAAUGUUGACCAACAAUAUCCGUCAGAACUUGCAAAUCGUUGUUCAAGUUGCUACAAAAUAUUCUGAGCAACUUGGUGCUAGCAAUUUGAUUACCUUGUUUGAAUCAUACAAGACUUUUGAAGGGUUGUAUUACUUCCUUGGAUCCAUCGUCAACUUCAGUCAAGAUCCCGAAGUGCAUCUCAAGUAUAUCCAAGCUGCUUGUAGAACUGGACAAUUGAAGGAAGUGGAACGUAUUUGUCGUGAGAGUCAUGUCUAUGAUCCUGAGAAAGUCAAGAACUUUUUGAAGGAGGCCAAGCUCAGUGAUCAACUACCAUUAAUCAUUGUUUGUGAUCGAUUUGGAUUUGUUCAUGAUUUGGUGUUGUUCUUGUAUCAGAAUGCUUUGUUCAAGUACAUUGAAAUCUAUGUCCAAAAAGUUAACCCAGCAAGGACACCGGCUGUAGUUGGUGCUUUGUUAGAUGUAGAUUGUGAAGAGUCCAUCAUCAAAAACUUGCUUACAUCCGUUCGUGGUGCAAUGCCUGUAGAUCAGCUAGUAGAAGAAGCUGAAAAACGAAACCGUUUGAAGCUUCUGUUGCCAUGGUUGGAAACACGACUACGUGAAGGAUCAACCGAUCCACAUGUGUAUAAUGCUAUUGCCAAGAUCUACAUUGAUACUAAUACGAAUGCUGAGGCUUUCUUGAAAGAGAACAAGUUUUAUGACUCUCGUGUCGUUGGCAAAUACUGUGAAAAGAGAGACCCAUACCUCGCAUUCAUUGCCUACGAACGUGGAUUAUGUGAUAUGGAGUUAAUCGAUGUAACAAACACCAACUCCAUGUUUAAACACCAAUCUCGAUACUUGGUAAAACGCCGUGCUCCUGAAUUAUGGAUGUCGGUGCUUCGACUAGAUAAUCCACAUCGUCGUGCCUUGAUUGAUCAAGUAGUAGGCACUGCUUUACCAGAAACGCAAGAUCCUGAAGAUGUAUCUAUUACUGUAAAAGCAUUCAUGGCUGCUGAUUUGCCAAACGAGUUGAUUGAGUUGUUGGACAAGUUGGUUAUUGAAGGAUCCGCAUUUAGUGAUAACCGUAAUUUGCAGAACUUGUUGAUUUUGACUGCCAUCAAGGCUGACAAGACACGAGUCAUGGAUUACGUGACCAAAUUAGAGAAUUACGAUGCACCUGAUAUUGCCAAUAUCGCCGUUGGAAGUGAAUUAUAUGAAGAAGCCUUCACCAUAUACAAAAAGUAUAAUCAGCAUUCUAAUGCUAUCCAAGUCCUAAUCCAAAACAUCAACUCUAUCGAUCGGGCACAUGAAUUUGCCGAUAAGGCUGAUAAACCUGAAGUAUGGAGUAAGCUUGCCAAGGCUCAGUUGGAUAAUGGGUUGGUUAAGGAAGCUAUUGAUUCAUACGUCAAGGCCGACGAUCCAGCCAACUUUGGAGAAGUGAUCCAGGCGUCAGAAAAAGUCAACAAAUAUGAUGACUUGGUCCGAUUCCUCCAAAUGGCACGUAAAAAGCUUCGAGACCCAGUGGUAGAAUCCGAACUCUUAUUCGCAUAUGCCAAAGUGAAUCGAUUGGCUGAUGUUGAAGAGUUUAUUUCUACUCCCAACAUUGCUCAAAUUCAAGCUGUUGGUGAACGAUGUUAUACUGAACGAAUGUUUGAGACUGCCAAGAUCUUGUUUAACAAUGUAUCGAAUUGGGCACGAUUGGCUCCUACUUUGGUGCAUCUGAAUGAAUUUCAAGCUGCCGUUGAUUGUGCUCGAAAGGCUAAUUCUACUAAGGUUUGGAAGGAUGUCAAUGCUGCCUGUAUUGAAUCUGGAGAGUACCGUCUUGCUCAAAUCUGUGCAUUGAACUUAAUCAUUCAUGCGGAGGAGUUAGAAGAUUUGAUCAGACUGUAUGAACGAGGAGGCAAAUUUGAAGAGCUCAUGUCCUUGAUUGAAGCCGGUCUUGGAUUAGAACGAGCACAUAUGGGCAUGUUUACAGAAUUGGCCAUCCUGUAUUCCAAGUAUAAGCCAGAACGACUGAUGGAGCAUUUACGACUCUUCUGGCAGCGCAUCAACAUACCAAAAGCCAUUCGAGCUUGUGAAACUGCACAUUUGUGGGGAGAAUUGGUGUUUUUGUACACGCACUAUGAUGAAUAUGAUAAUGCAGCAUUGACGAUCAUGAGUCAUUCUGCUGAUGCGUGGGAGCAUGCUACUUUCAAGGAUAUUAUUGUCAAGGUUGCGAAUUUGGAGAUCUAUUACAAGGCACUUCGAUUUUAUCUUGAUGAAAACCCACUGCUUAUAAAUGACUUGUUGGUGGUCUUGACACCCAAGAUUGAUCACAAUCGAGUAGUACAACUCUUCCAAAAGACCAACAAUCUCCCAUUGGUUAGACCUUAUCUUGUUGCUGUACAACAGGCCAACAACAAUGCAGUGAACAUGGCAUACAACGAACUAUUGAUUGAUGAAGAAGAUUUCAAGUCAUUGAGAGAUUCGAUAGAUCACUUUGACAAUUUCGAUAAUAUUGCAUUGGCUCAACGAUUAGAGAAGCAUGAAUUGUUGGAAUUCCGUCGUAUUGCUGCUCACUUGUACAAGAGGAACAAACGAUGGAAGCAAUCUGUUGCGCUUUCCAAGACAGAUCAACUGUACAAGGAUGCCAUGGACACUGCAGCCGAAUCACGAGAAGUAGAAGUUGCCGAAGAGUUGUUGCAAUACUUUAUAACGAGUGACAAGAAGGAGUGCUUUGCCGCAUGUUUGUACACAUGUUACGACCUGCUUCGACCGGAUGUAGUAUUGGAAGUAGCAUGGAGGCAUCAAUGGCAAGAUUUCGCCAUGCCGUAUUUGAUCCAAGUGCUUCGAGAGUAUACAGCCAAAGUGGAUGUAUUGGAGAAGGCUAAUGCUGAGAGGACUGUCAAGGAAGAAGAGAAGGAGAAGGAAACAACUGCCAUACUACCCAACCAAACGCUAAUGAUUACAUAUGCUGGAGGAGCACCACCACCCGCAGGAUUCACUCCAAGCGCUGUAGCAUAUGCACCUCCACCACAGAACGUGAAUGGAUAUGGAUUCUAA